AUGGCUCUGUCUACAAAUGUAUCUUUUAUAUUAAUAUUCUUGUUUUUGCGUGAAGUUACUGGAACGUUAAGAAUUGAUCCUUUAGUUGAAACGAAAGUAGGGCUAGUACGAGGGCUGAGGGCCAGUGAUGGUGCAUAUUCAAUGUUUUUGGGUAUUCCUUAUGCUACUGUCGAUCCAGAAAACCCAUUUAGUGCUUCUAAACCAUAUCCUGAAUUUUCGGACGUAUUUGAGGCGUAUGAUGAUACGGCAAUUUGUCCCCAAAUAGAAGAAUUCGAGAACAAUAUAGUGGGUAACCUGGAUUGUCUACAAUUAAAUAUUUAUGUACCCAACUCUGCCAGCUCCAGGAAUCGCCUCCCAGUAUUGGUGUAUAUAUAUGGUGGCGGUUUUAAUAUUGGAUUCUCUGGUCGUUUCUUAUAUGGGCCAAAAUAUUUAGUUCGACAUGAUGUUCUCUUGGUGACAUUUAACUAUAGACUGGGACCGUAUGGUUUCAUGUGUUUGGAUACACCUGAAAUACCAGGAAAUCAGGGUCUCAAAGAUCAGCUUACAGCACUGAAAUGGAUAAAUGACAAUAUUGAAGCUUUUGGAGGCGAUAUUAAUAAAAUAACUAUAUUUGGCGAAAGUGCAGGUAGCGCUUCAGUAGAUUUGCAGUUUUUGUAUGCAUCAGGAAAGUUAUUUCAAAACGUUAUACUACAAAGUGGUACAUCAUUAUGUCCAUGGAUAAUUUCAGAAUCCGAUAAAGAGGCACCUAUAAAAUUAGCUGAGCAGCUGGGUUAUUCAACAAAUAUACCCGACGAUGCUUUAAGAUUUUUAGCAACCGUCGACACCAACUUAGUGAUUGCAGCAACGGAUGAACUUCAAUUAUCCUUUGGACCAUGUAUAGAAAAAGUGUUUGAGGGAGUGGAAAAUCUAAUUAUCGACUAUCCCAAUAAUAUAGAACUUGGAAAUUUAAAUAAUAUACCUUUCAUUAUAGGUUUUAACAACGACGAAAUGCAUGCCAAUUUUGUUGAUUCUGACGAUAAUACAAAUAUAUUUAACGAAUACUUGCUAGAAACUUUUGAUUUUGAAGAUGAAUAUUUAAUUGAAAUGGAAAGAUAUGUGCGACAUUUUUAUAUAGGAGACGAAGAAAUAAAUGAGAAAGUGAAAACAAAUCUAGCAACACCAGCAGCUGAAUUUUCAGAUGUCUUUGAAGCCUAUGAUGACUCAGCUAUAUGUCCGCAGCUUGAAGAAUUGACCAAUACAAUAGCAGGGUCACUUGAUUGUCUACAUCUUAAUAUCUAUGUUCCUGAUGUAGCGAGUUCCAAUAAUCGUUUACCAGUACUAGUUUGGUUAUAUGGUGGUGGCUUUAAUAGAGGUUUUGCUGGGAAAUAUAUUUACGGACCGAAAUACUUAGUUAACCAUAACAUCAUAUUGGUAACCCUAAACUACCGAUUGGGACCUUAUGGUUUCAUGUGUCUAAACACGCCAGAGGUACCUGGAAAUCAGGGCCUUAAAGAUCAACUAAUAGCUUUAAAAUGGCUAAAUAAUAAUAUUGAUGCAUUUGGUGGCGAUAUAAAUAGAAUUACUUUAUUUGGUGAAAGUGCGGGUGGAGCAUCUGUUGAUUACCAUUUGUUAUAUAAUCGAGAAAAGCUGUUCAAUAACGUCAUCUUACAAAGUGGUACUAGUUUCUGCCCUUGGGCAUUAACGCGAUCAAAUACAGACAGUCUAUUCAAAUUAGCUGAAUACCUUGGUUUCGAAACUAAUAUAACAAAUGAAGCUUUACAGUUCUUAGCAAAAAUAGACACAAAUUUAGUAAUUGCCUCGAUGAUAGAUUUGGACUUAACACCGACAUUUAAACCUUGCGUCGAAACAGACUAUGAUAACACUGAUAAUUUCAUUACCGAACAUCCUAUAAAUGUGAAAAUUGAAAAUUUUAAAAAUAUUCCAGUACUUAUAGGGUAUAACAAUGAUGAAAUGCUGUAUCAGUAUGGAAUUAAAGAGCCUAGCUUUUUUAAUAAUACAAAUGUAUUUGAAGAACUACUGAAUAUUCCAUUUAGUUUUGAAAGUUCUUAUUAUAAAGAAAUGGAAGAAAUAAGUCGACACUUUUAUUUAGGCGAUGAAGUGUUUAGUGAUACAGUCCAGGAUAGUAUAAGAAAUUUUGCAUCUGAUUUUCGAUUUGUUCAUCCCUCUGAAAGAACUGUCCAGAAUUAUAUGAACAAUGGAAUUACAAAGAUAUUCCUAUAUUUGUUUUCUUACACCGGGGAAAGAAAUUAUGCUAAAAAAAUAUUCAAUAUUACAACUGGAAACGCAGCACAUUCAGAUGAAAUAGGAUAUCUAUUUGAUGUAUCUUUUUUUAAAGACAAUCCAUCACUUGAAGAUCGAACCGUUAUCGAUCGAAUCACAACAUUAUGGGCCAACUUUGCAAAGUAUGGAGAUCCUACUCCCGAGAUAACGGAUUUAUUACCUGUGAAAUGGCCAAUUAUAACAAAAGAUAUGAGACCUUACUUAAAUAUAGAUAAAGAUAUUAAAGUUGAGCAUAGAAACUUCAAUGAUCGAAUGGCAUUUUGGGAUCUUUUCUACAAAUUGAACAAGAAUUUUCAAAUGGAUUACACAGAAAACGAAGACCUGUAAGCGUGCCAUGUCGAUGUCUUGAUUUGAAACUUUCUUUCGGAUGUAGAAUUGAUUGAAC